UCACUAUAGAAAGCGCUGUCUGUCCGUCUCCUCUGACCUUGUUGAUGCUGCGUCGGCUACCCCACACUCUUCAUUGUCACACCCCGGCACUCCUCCGUUCUAGUCUUACUCCACCUACCGCCCGCACAAUGUCUACUGCCACUCACAACUACAAGCCUCGCGCCGGCUUCGAUGACUCUGGUGCUUCGGGCUUGUAUCAUUCUGCUCGACCCAACUACCCAGAGGCCUCCAUGCAGGCCAUCCUCGAAGCCGCUCAGGCCGGUAAGCCUUCCCCGCCGCUGCUGAACAUCCUCGAGAUCGGAUCCGGCACGGGAAUCUCAACGGAGAGUCUGCUGAGGGAAGCGGGUGAGACGAAGCUGAAGAUUGUGAAGUACCUGGCAGUGGAGCCUUCAAAGGGUAUGAGACAAGGAUGGGACCAGGCGAUUCGGGACAAGGUGCUGCUAGACCUUAGGCAGAGCGGCAAGCUGCCCGAAGAGGCGGAAGUGAGCUGUAUUGAUGGCUCCUUUGAGGAGUUGAAUGCGCCAAAGGGGGAGUGGGAUGCUGUCAUGAUCGCUCAGGCAUGGCACUGGUGUCCAGACCACCAUCGCAGCCUUGAAGCAAUUGCCUCUGCCCUGCGGUCCGGAGGUCAUCUCGCUCUCAUUUGGAACUUAGAGAACAAGGACACCGGUGCAAAGUGGGUCGGUCAGCUUCGAGAUCUAUAUGAGCCUUUCGAAGACGGCAGCCCGCAGUAUCGUCAUGGCUACUGGAAGACAAUGUACAAGGAGGCGGCCCUUGAGGCCAACUUCAACAUCGUGGAGCCCAAGCAUUUCACUCGUUCCAUACCCACCACUGUGGAAGGCGUCAAGAAUCGUGUCUUGAGCAAGAGCUACAUCGGUCUGCUGCCACAAGAGAAGCGAGAUACACUGAUGAAGGACAUUGAGGCUCUGUUCAGCUCAAAAUCGGACGAGGAGCUAGGGCGAAAGUGGAUCGACAAGGCAAAUGGGAUCUUUGAGUAUCCCUACACCACCGAUCUGUACCUGUUCCAGAAGAAGUGAGCUACGCCCAUGUGAUAGGAGUCGGCAUUGCCCAGGGGUGCAAUAGAUGAGUGACAUGAUGCUUGGUAUGCAUGACUCUCUCUGUGGAGCUGAGCGAUCGGGGCAGCAGCCGGGGCUCCUGAUUGUGGUCCCGGCGUCUGAGGGUUGGCCUCUUUCCGCGGUUUGGUGCCCUGAGUCUAAAAAUGCGCCGGCGUCUGUCUGUCUGCCUGUCAGUGGGCGUCUGCUGCCUGUCGCCGGCGCCCCCGCUUGAUGGACCCUCAUGGCAUUUGGCUGUCUGCCACUUUCUAGUCAUCUGAAACAAUGGAUGGCUCCUCACCUGAG